AUGGUCCCAAAAGGAAAAAAAAAGAUACCCGGACCUACCAGUCAACCAUUGCCCGCCCAGGACCAGCCCAAGGAGGAGGAUAAUGGCCCUUUGUUCUUCUAUAUGCCAGAUGCAAAGAAUGGCGAGUUGUGCCAGUGGUAUCCGUCUCGAUUUACUGUAGGAAAAGCACACAUCUCGAAGCUAGUCGGCCGUGUCGUCGAUGAGACCGACCCGGACAGCGAUAUUACCUUCACUUGUGCGGAACAAUUCAUGAUGUACUGUAAAGCCGCCCGUUUUGGCGACACUGCGCGCCAAGCCCGGAUCCUCGCGACAACGAAUCCCAAGGAGCAAAAACAACUAGGCAAAGGCACGGAGGGCUUCACAGACGCCAGCUGGGACGAGGUGAAGAGCGCAGUGGUGGAAGCCGGAAACAUCGCCAAGUUUGGGCAGAACCUGGGGCUGCGGCGGAAGCUGUUGGCGACGGGGGGGCGAGUGCUGUGCGAAGCGGCGUCGAGGGAUCGGGUGUGGGGGAUUGGGUACUCGGAGAAGCAUGCUAUGGCGCAUGGGCGGCACUGGGGAGAGAACAGGCUGGGCAAGGCAUUGAUGGUGGCGAGGGAUGUCUUACAGCGGGAGGAUAACGACGGCGAAGGAGAGAAGUCGUGGGAGAUGGAGGAGGAUGAUGCUUCGUGA